AUGGAAAUUAUAAUCAUAGAAGACGAUGAUCAUAUUGAUGACUGUGAAAUUCAAGAAAGUCUGAUAAUUAAGAAAUUUGGAGACGGCGUCUCAUGGAAGCGAGGUAAACUGCUUGGCGAAGGAGGGUUUGGGGCGGUUUUUAUUGCCACAAUGAAUCAUCAUCAUGCGGCUGCCAGUCCAACGGUCAUGGCCGUAAAAUCGGCCGAGAUUUCAAACUCAGAUUCUCUGCGGUUGGAGAAGAAAGUGCUCAGUCGCUUAGUUGGUUGCCCUAAUAUUAUCCAGUGCCUUGGGGAAGAAGUCACGAGAGGGGUUGACGGAUCGGAGGUUUACAACAUAUUAUUGGAAUAUGGUUCCGGCGGGAGCUUAGCGGAGAGGAUUUACAACUCAAGAGGCAAGGGUUUACCGGAGUACGAAGUUCAGUGGUACACCAGAUCCAUCCUUAAAGGCCUGAUGAAGAUUCACGGAGCCGGUUUCGUUCAUCGUGAUUUGAAAGCUGAUAACAUUCUCCUGGUUCCAAGGAAUCGUGAGAGUUGUCUCCCGAAAUUCAACGCCAAGAUCUGUGAUUUCGGGUUGGCGAAACCAGCAAACCAAGACCGAAAGAAGAAGAGGAAGUUGUCAGAUCGAACCUGGUGGGGAACUCUGAUGUAUUUGGCGCCGGAAGCCGUGAGGGAGGCUCGACAAGAACCUCCCGGCGACAUGUGGUCCCUGGGGUGCGUCGUGCUGGAGAUGUUAACCGGAAUUGCGCCUUGGUAUCUUGAUGAAAAAGCGUUGCCCCCGGCUGAAGAAGAAGGGGAUUAUCUCCUGAAAAAGCUCCGCGGCGGAAGGGCGGUGCCGAAGAUUCCGGAACGAUUGUCCAAGGAUGCCAAGAAUUUUCUCAAGUGUUGUUUGUAUAGAACGCCAAAGAAUCGAGCAACGGCCAAAACAUUGUUGUUUGGGCAUCCAUUUGUGAAUGGUCUGAGAGACGAGGAUGGUUUUUGCCCAGGCGGUGGAGUCGUCGCAAAUCUGGUUGAAGACAUGAAGGGUUCAAAGGAGCUUCCAUGGCUGACUCUCAGAGGGAAUCUGCCCUUGCCGGGAUUAAUGCAUUAUGCAGCAAAAACUAUUACUACUAUUUCAUUCUUGUUUAAUCAUCUAAUGAAAUCCUGUAUAUACUUUGUCACAGUUAAAAGUAUUUAA